AUGUUUACCGAUUCUUCAUCCAAUCCCGUAUGUGGAUUCUCAGCUAUUUUACACCCAUUGGCUCCAAAUUAUGAUAAUGCCUUUAAUCCAUGUUUUUUAACUUGGAUCUUUAUGGCUUUUUCAAUCAUCAGUAUCUUAAUUGGAUUAACUACGUUAAUCAAUACUUUCACUCAUAAUGUUCGUUAUGGUACUUUCCAUCCUAAAAAUACUGGUUUAACUCAUUAUAUUAGAGUUAAUUCAGUAUUAUUCCUGACUGUUAUCUUUGGUUAUUUAGCGGCUGCUAAUUUUAUCAAUGCUGAAUCUUCUUCAUCAUCAGUAUCAAAUGCAAAGUUUUUAGCGUUAAGUUUAUUAAGUCUUACUUUAUUUGUGGUGGUAUUACCGUUACAUUUAAUUGAAACUAGUUAUAGACCUAUUCCAUAUGAUUUCUUAUUAUUAUUUUGGCCUAUUUUUGGAGUAUUACAAUUAGUAUUAUUAUUUCAAGAUAAUUUCACUGAUUGGCCAUUAAUCAAUUUAUCCGAUAAUAAUUCAACUUUAUUCAUUAUUGAAAUUGGUUUACUUUUAAAUACGGUAUCUAUAUUCUGUUUAGAAAAUUCAAAACAAUAUUGGAAACCAAAUAAAGAUUUAACUUUCCAAUAUGUUAAAAAUAAUCAAUCAAAGUUAUUAGAACAACAUAAUAUUAUUGAAAAAAUCACUUUCACAUGGAUGAAUCCUUUAAUCUUAAGUACUUAUGAAAAACAAUAUCUUGAUGAAUCAGAAUUACCUGAUAUUCCAGCUGAUGUAUCAACCGUGGCUAAUACUCAACUUCUUUCUCAAUAUUGGGAUGUCACCAAAGAUACAAAUAAUCCUAAUGGAUUAUUGAUUUGUAUAGCAAAAGCAUUUGGUAUUCAAUGUUUAGUAUCAUUAUUUUAUGAAUUCAUGGGAAGAAUAUUAAAUUUCGUUAGUCCUCAAUUAUUAAGAUUAUUCAUUCAAUUCUUUGAUCAAAAACAAGCUCCAAUGUUACAAGGGAUUUUAAUUUCUUUAUCAAUGUUCUUCGUAACUGCUUUACAAACUUCAUUAUCAAAUGAAUAUCUUUUAAGAGCUUUAGUGCUUGGUUUAGGUUGUAGAUCUUCAUUAACUUCAUUAAUUUAUCAAAAAUCAUUAAAACUUUCUGCUGAAUCAAAAAUGAAAACUUCUUCAGGUGAUAUCAUCAAUUUAAUGUCGGUUGAUGUUAAUAGAAUUCAAAAUGUAACUCAAAAUUUAAGUAUUUUAGUAUUGGCUCCCUUAGAUAUUAUAUUAUGUAUUUUAUCUUUAUGGCCUUUAUUAGGUAAAGCUACUUUAUCAGGUAUUGCAGUUAUGUUUUUAUUAGUUCCAUUGAAUACUAUUAUUGUUAAACGUUACAGAGUAUUAAAUAAAAAACAAAUGAAAUUAAAAGAUGCAAGAUCAAGAAUAGUUAAUGAAAUCUUAACAUCGAUAAAAUCAAUUAAAUUAUACGCUUGGGAAAAACCUAUGCUUUCAAAAUUAAGAGAUUCAAGAAAUAAUAAAGAAUUAAAGAAUUUAGCGGUUAUAAGAUUAGUCAAUCAAGGUGCCAAUUUUAUUUGGAAUUUAAUUCCAUUCUUAGUUUCUUUUACUUCUUUCGCUACAUUUGCUUUAACUAGUAAUAUCCCCUUGACUUCCGAUAUUGUGUUUCCAGCAUUGGCUUUAAUUAAUCUUUUAUCGAAUCCAUUAUUGGAAUUACCCAUGAUUAUAACGGCUUUAGUUGAAGCUUUGAUUGCUAUUGGAAGAGUUUCAACUUAUUUAACUAAUACAGAAGUUGAUGAUACUUAUAUUACUCAUAAUUUAUCCCCAUCAUCAGCCACUUCUAAUACUGAUACCGCUAAAAAUGACGUUGCCAUUAGUAUUAAUAAUUGUUCAUUCUUAUGGUCAAAACCAAAAUAUUCAGAUGAUCAAGAAGCUUCAAUUGAAUCUUAUAAUUAUUCCCUUAAAAACAUUAAUUACUCCAUAAAUCAAGGUUCAUUAUCUUGUAUUGUGGGUAGAGUCGGUGCCGGGAAAUCAUCAUUUCUUUAUGGAUUAUUAGGACAAUUAGUGAUUGUUAAAGGUGAUGGAGAUCUGGAACCUUUAGUUAACAUCAAUGGGAAUAUCGCCUAUUGUGCUCAAUCACCCUGGAUUAUGAAUGCAUCAUUUAAGGAAAAUAUUAUCUUUGGUCAUAGAUAUGAUGAAGAAUUUUAUCAAAAGACGAUUGAUGCAUGUCAAUUAUUACCUGAUUUGAAAAUAUUACCCGAUGGAGACGAUACACAAGUUGGUGAAAAGGGUAUUUCAUUAUCAGGAGGUCAAAAGGCAAGAUUAUCAUUAGCUAGAGCUGUAUAUGCUCGUGCUGAUAUUUAUUUAUUAGAUGACGUUUUAAGUGCUGUUGAUUCUCAUGUGGGUAAGAAUUUAUUGACUAAAGUCUUUAGUAGAACCACUGGAUUAUUAGCUACUAAAACAAUUAUUUUAAGUACUAAUUCCAUUUCUGCUUUGAAUUAUUCUGAUAAAAUAACUUUAAUUGCUAAAGGUGAAAUCAUUGAAGAAAGUACAUAUGAUGAUAUUAAUUUAGCUCAUCAUCCAAAAUUAUUUGAAUUAAUUAAAGAAUUUGUCGUGGCUGAAAUCCCAAAUGAUAAAUUUAAUGUAUCUGAAUCCGUGGUUGAUAUUAUUGAAGAAUUAACUCCUGAAGUAACUAACACUUAUAAAUCCUUAAGGAGAGCAAGUUUAGCAAGUUUAAAAUAUGAUCCUCUGAAAAAAUUAGUAGGUGAUCUUAGAAGUGGUCAAGUUAAAGAAACUAGUGCAAAGGGUAAAGUUAAAUGGGCUGUUUAUAUUGAAUAUGCUAAAGCUUGUUCGUUAUUCGGGGUUAGUAUUUGGUUUAUGUUAUUAAUCUUCGCAUCUUGUGUUUCAAUUGGAGGUAAUUAUUGGUUAAAGGAUUGGACUGAACAAAAUAGUCAUGCUGGUUCGAAUUCUAAUGUUUGGAAAUUCAUUACUGUAUAUGCUAUUCUUGGAUUUGGUGCAAGUAUAGCCAAUAUCAUUCGUAGUAUGGUUAUGAUGCUUUGGUUAGGAUUGAAUGCUUCUCGUAAGAUUCAUGAUAAAAUGGCAGCAAGAGUAUUAAGAGCUCCAAUGUCAUUCUUUGAUAGAACCCCAGUGGGAAGAAUUAUGAAUCGUUUCACUAAUGAUAUUAAUCUGAUUGAUGACUCUAUUCCUGGUUCAUUACAAGGAUUUGUGGUUCAAUUAAUUAAUACCAUUAUUACAUUUGCAGUGGUGGGAUAUAUUAUGCCACUUUUUAUUUUUGUCAUUUUCUCAUUAUCCAUUAUUUAUUGGUAUUUCCAAACUUUUUACGUAUCAUUAUCUCGUGAGUUAAAGAGAUUAAUUUCUAUUUCAAGAUCUCCAAUUUAUGGUCAUUUAGGUGAAACCUUAAAUGGUAUUGAUACUAUCAGGGCUUAUAAGCAAUAUAAUCGUUUUGAUCAUAUUAAUAAUGCUAAUGUUGAUUUCAAUUUACGUUCAGCUUAUCUUUUGAGAUCAAUUCAUAGAUGGUUGAUGUCCAGAUUACAAGUGAUUGGGUCUGUUGGUUCAUUAUGUGCAUCUUUAUUAGCUAUCUAUACUGUUACUACAAAGGCUCCAUUAACUUCUUCCAUGGCUGGGUUCGUUAUGGCUUAUGCUUUACAAGUUACUAAUUCUUUAAGAAUGGUGGUUAGAAUGUCAGCUGAGGUGGAAACUAAUGUGGUUUCCGUUGAAAGAUGUUUGGAAUAUACAACUUUACCAGUUGAAAGAGGUGAAGAAGAUGAUGCUGAUUUAUCCAAGUUUGUUAAACCUCCAUUACAUUGGCCCCAAGAAGGAGAAAUUUACUUCCAUAAUUAUUCUACUAGAUACCGUGAAAAUCUUGAUUUAGUAUUGAGAGAUAUUUCAUUACAUAUCAAGCCAGGUGAACAUAUUGGAGCAGUCGGUAGAACAGGGGCUGGUAAGAGUUCAUUAGCAUUAAGUAUUUUCCGUAUUAUUGAAGCCGCCGGUGGUAAUAUUGAAAUUGAUAGACUUAAUACUAGUAAUAUGCAAUUAUAUGACUUGAGAAAUAGAUUAAGUAUCAUUCCACAAGACUCUCAAUUACUUGAAGGUACUAUUAGACAGAAUUUAGAUCCGUUUAAUUAUUAUACUGAUGAAGAAGUCUGGAAAGCAUUAGAAUUAGCUCACUUAAAAGAACAUAUUUUAAGUUUAGAAGAUAAGAAUGAAGAUGCCAAUGUUGAAGUUGAUGUUAAUAGAUCCAAGUUAGAAUAUAAAGUUUAUGAAGGUGGAUCAAACUUUUCAUCGGGACAGAGACAAUUGAUGUCAUUAGCCAGAGUGUUAUUAAAGAUGAGUGAUUCCCAAGUCUUAGUAUUAGAUGAAGCUACUGCCGCUGUUGAUGUUCAAACCGAUAAGAUCAUUCAAGAGACCAUUCGAAGUGAAUUCAAAUCGAAGACGAUUAUCACAAUUGCCCAUAGAUUGGACACAGUUAUGGAUAGUGAUAAAAUUAUUAGUUUAGAUCAAGGACAACUUAAAGAAUUUGAUUCUCCACAAAAUUUACUUAAUAAGGAAGAUGGUAUUUUUUAUAGUUUAUGUAAACAAGGUGGAUAUAUUUAG